GUCCUCCGAUCCGUUGACGGUCAGGCCCUUCUGCUGGGUCGUCCUGCUGCAUGCGUCGCCGUGGUCGGGGACACAGAGGAGGAGAUCGAGGGAGAUGGAGUGCCUGCUGGGGCUGCUCAAGGUUAGGGUGGUGCGAGGAGUGCACCUGGCCAUCUGCGACCCCCUCACCCACAGCAGCGACCCCUACGUCGUCCUCCGCCACGGACAGCAGAAAGUCAAGUCAAGUAUAAAAUACCGCACGAUCAAUCCGGAAUGGAACGAGGAACUCACCCUGUCCAUCACAAACAUGAUGAACCCGGUCAAGAUUGAACUCUUCGACCAUGACACGUUCACCAAGGACGACAGCAUGGGCAACGCCGAGUUCUCCAUCCUCAACUUCGUGGAGAUCGCCAAGCAGGACCUGAGCGACGUCCCCGACGGCACGGUGAUGAAGACGAUCCACACGGAGAAGGGCAGCUGCCUCGCCACCGACAGCCACAUCACGUGCAAGGACGGCAAGGUCUCCCAGGACAUCCUGCUCAGGCUCAGGGACACCGAGACCGGCGACCUCGUCCUGCGCCUGACCUGGGUCAACAUCCCCGGCGUCGCGCGGUGAAUCAUCCCCUCGAUCGGCGGGGACGGGGCCAGGGCAUGAGGCGGCGGCGACCCGACCGACGCCUGCCCAGCUGAUUAUACAUCCGUUUACCUGGUAUUGGCAUAAGGAGACCCUUGGAUGCGUGUAAUGUUUGUUUGCAGUUCUGAUAAGGUGUGCAAGAAGGCUCAUGCUACUGGGAGCAAUGCUUCUG